AUGAUAAGUUCUUCUAAGGGUAUUUUAGUAUCUUUGAUAUUUUUGCUCAUCUUUGCAAAUGCUGUAACAUUUUCUGCAAACACUUAUUUAGGUGAUAUUUCUUUUUCUGUUCCUCUCACCAUCAAUGAAGGCUAUUUUUUGGCGUUGGUAAACGGGAACUCUUACAGUUUCACCAAGGACUUGCACGUGAAAGGUUCACUUUUCGUCGGUGAUAUAAAUCCAUAUGGUGAUGGAUUUAGCACUACAUUUGAUGGCUCGACUAUUACAAAUGACGGUUUGAUUGUGGUUGAUAGUAGGAAUCUUACGUCUGGUUUAAUGUCUGUAUCAUGGGGUGGUUCUUUCCUCACUAAUAACGGAAAAAUGUACUUCGAAGGUCUAAAUAGCAAAUCUAAUAGUUUCACAUUAAAUCCAAGUAUAUCUUUGGCCAAUGCUGGUUUAAUGUCUUUUGGUCAAGAUGUAUCUUCAAAUUUUACUAGUAUUGUACACCUUCAAUCAAAAUCUUUUGUUAACAUUGGUACUAUUUGUUUGAAGAAUGUUAAGGCAUCUUUGGAAAGUUCUAUAGCAGGUAACGGUUGUAUUACAAUAGGUGAAAAUUCUGUAUAUGCUAUACCAAUACAGUCAAGCUCUGGCACAAUCGGUCCGCAAACUAUGUAUUUGAGCUCUCCUUCCUCAAUGCUUUACAUAGGCUCAUACGGGUCGGCAGAACAUGUCUAUGUCAGAGGUUUUGGUAAUGGUAAUUAUUUAACAUUCCGUACUGCAAUAGCAGGUUAUAGUUAUAAUCCAAGUACUGGUAUCUUAACGAUCAGUGCUGCUGUUGUUCAUAAAAUUGAUAUUGGUACUGGAUAUAACAAGCGUGGAUUUUCAGUGAAAACCGUAGAUAACCAUGUUGGGUUUAAUUUUAUUAAUAACGCAAUAGUCUAUAAUGCAACCGCUCCAAAUGGUUUUCCUAGUGCUUGUAUGCCAUGUAAUCCAGCUCCUUGGAUACCUAUUAUUAGUUCUGCUUCGUCUAGUUCUUCUAGUUUUAUUACUUCAUCAUCAUCACCAAAACCAAGUGCUGUUAUUUCGUACAUCCCGGGUAUAGUAGCCUCUGAUGCUACCAAAUUCACCUCUACUUCCUACACUACCGACUCCAAUGGUAGCAGCAGCCCAGUUGACAUUGUUGUUGUUGCCACUCCAGUUCAAAGCACUGUCACUGCAUACACUACAGGUUCAGCAGGUUCAGUUUCUGCUCUAUCAUCCUACAUCUCCUACACCACCGACUCUAAUGGUAGUACCAAGGCCAUUGGUGUUAUUGUUGUUGAAACUCCAGCUGUUAGUCAAAUCACCUCCUAUAUCCCAGGUAUAGUUGCUUCUGAUGCUACUCAAUCCACAAUUACAUCCUACACCACCAACUCCAAUGGUAGCAGUAGUCCAGUUGGCAUUGUUGUUGUUGCCACUCCAGUUCAAAGCACUGUCACUGCAUACAGUGCUGGCAUGGUAGGUUCAGUUUCUGCUCUAUCAUCCUACAUCUCCUACACCACCGACUCUAAUGGUAGUACCAAGGCCAUUGGUGUUAUUGUUGUUGAAACUCCAGCUGUUAGUCAAAUCACCUCCUACAUCCCAGGUAUAGUUGCUUCUGCUGCUACUCAAUCCACAAUUACAUCCUACACCACCAACUCCAAUGGUAGCAGUAGUCCAGUUGGCAUUAUUGUUGUUGCCACUCCAGUUCAAAGCACUGUCACUGCAUACACUACAGGUUCAGCAGGUUCAGCUUCUGCUCUAUCAUCCUACAUCUCCUACACCACCGACUCUAAUGGUAGUACCAAGGCCAUUGGUGUUAUUGUUGUUGAAACUCCAGCUGUUAGUCAAAUCACCUCCUACAUCCCAGGUAUAGUUGCUUCUGCUGCUGCCCAAUUUACCUCUACCUCCUACACCACCAACUCCAAUGGUAGCAGUAGUCCAGUUGGCAUUGUUGUUGUUGCCACUCCAGUUCAAAGCACUGUCACUGCAUACAGUGCUGGCAUCGGUAGGUUCAGUUUCUGCUCUAUCAUCCUACAUCUCCUACACCACCGACUCUAA